GGUUGGUCUGUAAUGCACGUUGUGUAUGUGAGUUGCAAGGUGCACAUCUGCUGUAAAUUAGUUGUGUGAAACGUUUUACCAUGGGUUGGAAAACGUUCGUAGCUAUUGGAAUAGCUGCUUAUCUGAUCUAUCACAGCAUCGAUCAGUUUGAUCCAGCUAGCGUCAAAGACAAAAGGGUUGUGAUCACAGGGGCUAGUACCGGCAUCGGAGAAGAGAUUGCAUAUCACUACGCUCGGUUCGGUGCUCGGAUCCUCAUCACUGCCAGAAGAGAGUCAGUUCUCAAAGAAGUUGUGGCAAAAUGCAAAGAGCUUGGAGCCAAGGAGGUGUUCUAUAUCCCGUUGGAUAUGGCCAAGGAAGAGGCUCCUAAGAUUCUGAUCGAUGAGGCAGAGAAGAAGUUUCGAGGACUAGAUCAUCUUAUCUUGAAUCACAUCAUUAGUAGUUACCCGAAAUUCUGGGACGGAGAAUUCGACUCUGUAAUGAAGAAGACGAUGGAAGUCAAUUUCUUCGCCUACAUCAGACUAGCGACACACGCCACGCCCAUGCUAAGGGAAAGCAAAGGUCAUAUCGGUGUGGUUUCGUCUGGAGCAGGAAAGAUAGGUCUGCCUUUCGUAGCAAUCUACAGCGCCUCGAAGUUUGCUCUCCAUGGUUUCUUCGACGCUCUUCGGCAAGAAUACAAAAUGCAGAAUUUUGGAAUAUCAAUCUCGACUUUUGUUCUCGGCGGCAUCAACACCACCAAUGUUGCCAAGGAUACCACCAAAAUUUUCCUGGAGCAGACUUUCUACACUACCCCAUCUGACACAGCUCUACGUAUCAUCAAAGGAACAACAAACCGUGAACGGGAGGUCUAUUACCCAUACUUCCCAAUCACAAAGAUGAGAGACUUUGCUCCUGAACUGAUGGAAAGAAUUGUGCAGUCACAGACCCUGAAUCACGAUACUAUCAAGAAACUCCUGACAGCCUAGGAAGAAUGCUAAAAAUGGUCAAAGACUAAUCCUCAAUUUCAGCCACUAUAGAAUAUAUAACCCAUCGUCUUUGAAAUAAUUCAAAUUUGUUGAAUAUUACUAUGUUUCAUGUGGACAUGCAGUUUAGGGUACCAACGCACUCCUUACAUACGUACACAAUAACUGCUAAUAGAGGCCUAUUUUCAAAAACUCGAGGCAACAAAAUCUUUACCGAUGAUUUCGCAGUGCAAGUGGUUUUUGAUGCGGCUACAAAGCAACCCCCAGGAAAUUCGCUUCAGUCUUUCGUCUAAUUCAUUGAAGAAUUCAAUCAACUGCCGGUGUAAAUUUGCAAAGGUUGUUGGAAUUUAGUCAGACGUUGGUGUGCUGAUUAUGGCAAAUUUUAAAUCAUUCAUUUUAAAUGUCUUUUAAUCAAAAUCCUGUGUCAAUUAAACAGCUAAUUAAAAGCAAUAUCAAUGCUAGGAGAAUAAAACACAAACUCUUCAUGUGACAGACUUGGGAACAACAAAAAUUUUACACUAAAAUUGUGUAGUUUUAUUGCAAUAAAUAGGGGUAUACUGCUUAGAA